GUGAGCAGCUGGUUGCAGACCACUUUGAGUCCUGCCCCUUUACUACUAGUUUUGUAUAACCAAAACACCACAUCUGACAUCUCAUAUUAAAGAUGGGGGAGAGGUUGCAAAGCCAAAAAAGCUAUGUAUGCUCAUUUUUCGAUUGUAAAGCUAAAUUCAGUAAGUCAUGGAAGCUCGAGGCUCAUCUUUGCAAACACACAGGACUGAAACCUUUCUCCUGUGAGAGCUGUGACAAGAGCUUCUGCACUCGCUAUCAGCUCACCAGACAUGAGCUUAAUCACAGUGGAGAGAAACAACACAAGUGUCUGGAUGAUGGAUGCUCCGAGGCCUUCAUCACAAAUAACAGCAUGAAGAACCACAUGGCUCGAGUCCACCGGCACCAGGAAAGCAGUAUCAGAAAUAAUGCUUUGUGUGACCAUAAGGGCUGUGGAAAAGAUUUCAACAAGAGGAACCAGCUGAAAGCUCAUAAGGGUGAUCACCAACAGAUUCUACCUUUCCGUUGUUCUUUCAACGGCUGUGCGAGAGAAUUUCCCACUCAUGGCAAACUGAAGCAUCAUGAGGGAGUGCAUGCAGGCUACCCCUGUGAGGAUGCAGCAUGCUCCUUUCAUGGAAAGACAUGGACAGAAUAUCUAAAGCACAGAAAUGAACACAAAGUCAAGGUUCAGUGUGCAGAGUGUAAAAAGCUCUUCAACAAUGCCUGGUUCUUGCGCCUACAUGAGCUGCACGUCCACACUGGGGAGAAGACGAAGCUGUCGUGUCCGAGGAAAAGCUGUGACAAGAAGUUUACUCGCCGCUUUAACUUGGAGAGCCACAUUCUGGGAGAUCACGAGGGCAAGAAGCCGUUCAGCUGUGCGUAUGCUGGCUGUGGGAAGCGCUUUGCCAUGAAGGAGAGCCUGUGGCGACAUGGAGCAGUGCAUGACCCAGCAAAGAAAAAGCUGAAGAAACUGCAUCCUAAAAAGAACCAGCCCUGGCGUGUAGCAGAGCAGCUCAGACUGGCUGCUGCAGCCAAACAGGCAGAGACCAAGAAGCUGACUGCCAGACUGCGCAAUACAUCUUUAAAGGAUGUGAAACCUUGAGGCCUCUGCGUGUACAGAUCUGUGGAUAUGUUCAUUAAGAGAGGGAUGAAUUCUGUGAUUUGUUUUUGUUCUUUUUUUGUUUCGAUGAAUCUGAAAUAAAGCCUCAUUAUCGCAGCACAA